AUGACCGAGUUAGAUGAAGAUAGCAAGAAAGUGUUACAACAUAUCAAUGAAUGUAUAACCAAUCUAGAACCAAUCGAUUAUCAUACAAUUAAUAAUUAUAUUCCAUUAAUUAAUAAAAUUGAUCAACAAUAUUCUGAUGAAUUCAUUCCAUUGAUAACUCAAUUGUUAUCCAAUAAUGAAGCGUAUAUGAAAGUAGAUCCUGAUGGGUUGUUGGUGCAGUUGUUAUAUAAGAUAUUGUCAUGUUUGCCAUUUGGAAUUAUUACUAAUUAUUUCCCAAUUGAUUAUAUAAUUGAUAAUUUAUUUAAGGAUGAAGAAAAGGGUGAUAGUUCAAUUGGGUUGAAGAUUAUUAAUAUCAAUAUUGAACAAUUGGAAACGAAGCAAUUCUUGAUUGAUAAUAAUAUUAUUUAUAGAUUAUUGAAUGAGAAAUAUUUUAAUAGAAGUACAUCCAUAUCAGUCUUGAAUCAAAUUGAAUCUUUAAUAACUUCAAUCCAAGAUCAUUACAGUUUAUUAUCACAAGAGUAUUUACAAUUAUAUCAUAGAAUACGAACACAACAGGAUGAUACGAUUAUAUUAUCUCGUUAUUUAGAUUACUUGAUAUUGAUAUUACCAUCUAUCCUAAAUAACCCAAUUGAAUCGGGGUACUACCAAUUCAACAGGUCACAAAUAUUGAAAUAUCAAGAUGAUCCAUUAUUUCUAAUCUUGUUAGUCCAAUUCUACGAGAAUAUAAUCAACAAAGAUCCACAACAUCAUUUAGAUAUCCUCCCAUCAUUAAACGAUUUAAUUGAACUUUAUAUGACUGAUAAAUUGGAUGAUUUAGUAAAAUUGGAAAUUAUCGACCUUGUCAUGAAAAUAUCAUAUCUGAAUCAUCCCCCCUAUCUCAACCUACUCGACCAUUAUCAACUCUUCAAAACUUAUAAUCUAGUUAAAAUCCACGAACAUAAUGAAUUAGAUAUCAAGUUAUUAUCAAGAACAAAUCCAAACAUAAUCAACUCCCUAAAUGAUUCAAUCUAUGAUGAUAUACUUGUCAACAUUUCAUUAUUUCAUGAUAUUCUAUUCUUCCCCAUCUUACUCAAUUUCAUCAAAUCACCAAUCACAUUCAUGAAAUUAUCUCAUUAUUUCCAACAUGAAAAACUCCAACAAUUGCCAUUGGAUAAAUUAUACACUUUGUUAUUAAUAAUGUCGAAACACCCGCAUACGAAACUGUAUUUGUUUAAUUAUUUGCCGAAUACGUUGACGAGUUUAUUAGAGGCAAAUAUUCGAAAUAAUGAAUUAUGGAAUUUGAAAUUAUUGAUAUUGGAACAAUUGUUGGCCACCAGUGAUGAUGAACAUGUGGAGGGGUAUGAGUUUUGGAAGAAGGAGAUUAGGAAUGUGCAUGAUUUGAUGAAGUUUGGGAAGAGGUUUGAUAGGAUUAUUCCAAGUGUUGAUGUUACCGACGAGGCUGCCCUGUAG